AUGCUAAAGAACUUUCGAUCUCAGACUUACAGAGUAGCUUCGCGUCCAACACUCGACGAAGUCCUGAAAAAUACCGCCCCUCCGCCGUACACCCUCAGCGCAUUUAUAAGCUACCUCACCCAAAACCAUUGCCUCGAAACCUUAGAAUUUAUCCUCGAAGCAGAGCGAUAUCGCGAAAACUUCAGGUCAUUAGUUGACCCAGCAAAGGAUUUCAUCGUGACAACCAACUGUCCCACAAGUAGCGACCUGGGUCUUCUCUACCAGAUCAUCCUGAAUACGUACAUCUCCCCCGGAGCAGACCGCGAGGUCAAUCUACCUGUCAAUGUCCGUGACGACCUUCUGCAAAACAAACUUGAAAAUAUCUCGACACCACCUUCGCCCGAGACUCUUGACCUUGCCGUGAAAAGCAUCCACGAUCUGAUGGAGGAUUCGAUCUUCGUUUCAUUCCUCAACAGCACGUCCACAUAUCUUUACGAAGAUAAAACGCCGAUGAAAUCGACCCAAAGCAGCAGGUCUUACCAUUUGUGGAAAACAGAUAUUCAGCCGAUGGAGCCAGAACAAACGAAGCGCCCAUCUCUUCUGGCUAUUGGAAAGUAUUGGUCAUGGCCACCUUGGACUCGAUAG